AUGGGAAUGCUGGCCACGACUUGUCAACGACGCGUGACGACCCGUGAUAACGAGGAGGAACAGGAGACAGCGUCGGUGUCCACGUACCGGGGAAGCAACGCCAAUUCUAGCCCCGCGUUCGUCGCGAUCCCAAUUCGCGGGUACGCUACCGGUGACGUCCCAGUUCCGAGAAUCGUCACGAGCGUGUUGUCGUCGCGCAGGUUCGAAUCGGAUCAAGGAGAACGCGUUCGUGAGUGCAGACUACUGUCGAACGGUGGUGAUGGUGGUGAUGGUGCUUGGAAUAGCGAGGACUCCGUCGAUUCACGGUGUGAUUUUGUGAACGACAGCCGGAAAUCCGUGAUCGGCGUGAUCGCGAACACCGGUGAGAACCGUGUCGAACGAACUGAAUGUACCCGUGAGACUCGAUCCUCCGUCGUGACGGCAAACAGCCGUGCGUCGUUGCAUGACUUUCACGUGAUCGGGAAUGCGGAUGGUCCGAUUCCAGUCGAUUCUCGCGAAUUAAACGGUGAUCAUCGUGGUCGUCGACGACGAGGAACAGUGUCCCAGAGGAGCCGAUCGUCCGUUCUCCUGGUGGCGAUCGCGAUGGUUGCGCUAUGCGCGCCCGUAUCGGGCGUGCCGAUGCCGGCGUCGCGAGCGGAUACGUUGCUGUCGCGAACCGGUCCACGACUCGGCCUCGACGGCACGACCGGUCUCGAGGACGUCUACGAGGACGCGUUCGAGGACGUUUUCCGAGAAGAGGAUCCGACUACGAGAAACGUCCUCCAGGAGAGCGAACUGGAGAUCAUCAGACGUAGCAUAGUGCGAGGCCUCGGCUUGAAGAGGAUACCGGACCCUUCGAAAGCGAACGUGAGCCAAGCCGAGUACGAGAGAGCGCACAGAGAGUACCUGAAGAAAGUUCACCUGUCCACCACAGACGAGCACAGCCCGAAAAGCAGGAAAAGUCUGCACGUGUUUCACGCUACAGCGCAUCCUGGAAAUGGAUCGAGUCGAAUCUACGAGACGAGCAGCGAGGUUGGAGGAGGAGGAGGACAGUACCGUCACCGAUUGUUCUUUCCCGUGGAAAUUCCUGGGACGUACGAGACGUCGUCGGUGGAUCACGCGACGCUGCGACUGUUGCUCCACGGUCAUUACAGUGAACGUUCGGACGUGGACGUUCUGCUCUACCUAAGGACGUACGGGGCGAGACGGUUGCUCAUACGAAGGAGGAUCGCGGUACGGGACUCGAGGGACUCGAGAUGGCUCGAAUUCGACUCGACCGUGGCAGUUUCCUCGUGGCUGGAGCCUGGUGUCGAUAAUCUCGGCCUCGAACUAGAAUUCCGUCGCAACGACGAUCGACCAGUACGACGUACCUUUUCGUCCCCUGUUCUGAACGUGUUCACCGAAUCGAUAUCCUCCGCCACGAACGGCCGAGCGAAACGAUCCACUCCCGAGGAACUGAUGUUCCUGCACCAGGGCCGUCGAACGAACUGCAAAGGCGAGAGCAAAAAGUGUUGCAGACACGAGCUGACGGUGAUGUUCAAAGACCUAAAAGGUUUCGAGUUCAUCGUCUACCCGAAAAUGUUCGACGCCGGAUACUGCAAGGGUCGUUGCCCGCCCAGAUACAAUCCGGCCAAUCAUCACGCUCUGCUGCAGAGUCUGCUGUGGAAAGAGGACAGAAAGAAGGUGCCGAAACCGUGUUGCGCGCCCAGCAAGCUCGACCAGCUGAUGAUCGUUUACUUCGACGAGAACGACGCCACGCAGCUGAAAGUCUCCUAUUGGAAGGACAUACAGGUGCUCGAGUGCGCCUGUUCUUGAAGGAUUUCCGUCUUCGUUUUUGAACGAAUAGAUACAA